AUGUUUUCUAACAAAGUUGUACUCAUCACUGGGGCAAGUGCCGGUAUUGGCGCUGCUACAGCAGCAUGUUUCGCCAAAGAAGGUGCUAGCCUCGCAAUUGUUGGAAGAAAUGAAACUAAACUUAAUGAUGUCGCCAGACGCUGCGAGAAGCUGGGAGGUGAAAUAUACGUCAUCAAAGCAGACAUAGCAGAAGAUAAUGAAGAAAAGUAA